CUCUUCCGCUCGGCAGUCGGCACGAGCUCCGGCGCUUCAGUCUCAUACGUCACGUAUUCUGCGCUCGCGCUGAUCUAAAAUGGCGACUUCCUUAGGCUCUAACACGUAUAACAGACAGAACUGGGAGGACUCGGACUUCCCUAUUCUGUGUCAGACAUGUUUGGGAGAGAAUCCAUACAUCCGAAUGACCAAAGAAAAAUAUGGCAAAGAGUGCAAGAUCUGCGCCCGUCCCUUCACCGUGUUCCGCUGGUGUCCCGGGGUCAGGAUGCGCUUUAAGAAGACUGAAGUGUGUCAGACCUGCAGUAAGAUGAAAAACGUUUGUCAGACCUGCCUGCUGGACCUGGAGUACGGUUUACCCAUUCAGGUCAGAGACACAGGACUGUCUGUUAAAGAUGAGAUGCCACGAUCAGACGUGAACAAGGAGUAUUACACCCAGAACAUGGAGCGAGAGAUCGCGAACUCGGAUGGCACACGGCCAGUCGGCGCGCUGGGUAAAGCCCCCAGCUCUAGUGACAUGCUAUUGAAGCUAGCUCGCACCACUCCUUACUACAAGAGGAACAGACCUCACAUCUGCUCUUUCUGGGUAAAAGGAGAGUGCCGUAGAGGAGAGGAGUGUCCUUACAGGCAUGAGAAGCCCACAGAUCCAGAUGACCCGCUGGCUGAUCAGAACAUUAAAGACCGCUACUACGGCAUUAACGACCCGGUGGCUAAUAAGCUGUUGAAGCGAGCCUCCACCAUGCCUAGGUUAGACCCACCCGAUGACAAGUCCAUCACCACACUAUACAUCGGAGGCCUCGCAGAUACCAUCACAGAUUCAGACCUCAGGAACCAUUUCUAUCAGUUUGGGGAGAUUCGCACCAUCACUGUAGUGCAGAGACAACAGUGUGCCUUUAUCCAGUUUGCUACGCGUCAGUCUGCCGAGAUGGCCGCGGAGAAAUCUUUCAACAAGCUCAUCGUUCACGGCCACCGUCUCAACGUCAAGUGGGGCAGGUCCCAGGCAGCACGAGGAAAAGAUGGAGAAAAAGAAGGAGUGACUGAGAGUGGAAUCAGACUGGAGCCUGUACCCGGACUCCCUGGAGCACUGCCUCCACCGCCCGUCUCCACCGAUGACAUCUCAGCCAAUUAUUUCAACUUGGCGCCCAACCCUGGUCCUGCGGUCAUGAAUUUAGGGAUCCCCCCUCCUCCUGGUGUAGCCAUGCCUCCACCUCCAGGUUAUGCUCCACCCAUGUACCCGUCCAUGGAUCCAAUGGCCCCUCCUAUGCCACCUCCAAUGGCCAUGAGGCCUCCAGGCCAGGUGCAUUAUCCUUCCCAGGAUCCUCUGCGUAUGGGUGCCCACGCCAGUCGCCAUGGAGGCUCCUAGACCGGGGAAGAAUCUACCUCAGAAUAUAAAGUUGUGUACAACAGCAAAGAAGACUGCUCUUUUUUUGACAAUAUCCCCACCCCAAUUUCUGGAGUCUUUUUAUUUCAUUAAACUUUAAAGAACUCUGUGUA